UGACGCGAGCGAUCCACACCCUCUCGAGAAGCAGUUGACAAGUGGACUUCUGGCUUGCGCACCUUAGCCAAGAUCAUAACUUUAAGGAGAGCAACGGUGACACUCGUAACAUCCUUUUAACGUUGCGAACGACGCGUUAAUCUGAGGUGGGCCAGAUGGAGAAAUCCAAAAACUUUCGCAUCGAUGCGCUUCUGGCCGUCGAUCCACCAAAAGUGCAGACCUCGCCGCUGGCGCUGGUCACCUCCCUGCCCACCUCUUCAGUGUCAUCCUCCUCCGAAAGUGUCCAGGUGUCGGAGUUGAACACGAACUCCGAAGCUCUUCGAGCCGAGACUCCGUCGCCCCCCAGGAUAUCUUCUUGCGGCUUGAUUCCCAAACCGGGUUUCUUGAACUCUCUACAUUCAGGCAUGGUCGGACUACACCCUCAGAGCAGCACCGGGAUCCCCCCUCAGGCUCUCUACGGUCAUCCAAUGUACACUUAUUCAGCAGCAGCGCUGGGCCAACACCCGGCUCUGUCCUACUCAUAUCCGCACGGCUCGCACCAUCACCAUCCCAGUGACCCCCUCAAACUCACCGCCAGCUCCUUCCAGCUCGAUCACUGGCUGAGGGUCUCCACUGCGGGGAUGAUGCUGCCUAAAAUGGCAGAUUUCAAUGGCCAGGCGCAGUCAAACUUGCUCGGGAAGUGCAGAAGACCAAGAACCGCGUUCACAAGCCAGCAGCUCCUUGAACUUGAGCACCAGUUUAAGCUGAAUAAAUAUCUAUCGAGACCAAAACGCUUUGAAGUGGCCACAUCAUUAAUGCUAACAGAGACACAGGUGAAAAUCUGGUUUCAGAACAGGCGCAUGAAGUGGAAGCGCAGUAAAAAGGCUAAAGAACAAGCCGCUCAGGAGGCCGAGAAGCAAAAAGGUAAAGGAAGCCAGGACAAAGUGGACGGACUGGAGAAGGACUACCAGAAGACAGAUUCUGUGAAAAGGAACAGAAUACGGGACUUUAGGGACAGUGACGACGAAGAAGGAGACAAUUACAUGCUGAAUUCAUCUGAUUGUUCCUCCGAUGAUGAACGAACCAAUGCCAGUGAUAUCAGUCCACAACCAUGAGACUUCGUUUCCAAAGAGACACUUAUAUAAGCGAAGUAUGUGAUUUGCAUGUGUUAUCAUCUUGCAGUCAUUAUGGAAAUGCUGAGAUGGACGCCCACAUGAGCUGUUUGUAUACUUACAAACACUGACUACUGAUAGCUUCUGAAGGUGAAGCCUGAUGCAGAGCAUGUGGUAAAAUGCAUUACAUCAAGCAAAAUAGAUUAGUAGGCCUAUCAGAUAAUAAUUCGCACCAUCAAGAUGUUCCUAUCUGAUAACCACUGUGUUAAUUUCUGAACUCAAGUGGGAUGAAAAAAAAUCAGUUGUUGUUUUAUCUACACCCAGAACCAUAGCCUAUGUGAUCUGUUUAUUUUUAUACAAUGUAAUUUAUAACGAAAUUGCUUUUAAAAUGCAUGUAAAUUAUUGUGUCGGUUUAUCAGUUACACUCUGUGAAUAAAAUGAUUUUUUUUCUAA